AUGCAACUCCCAGGCCCCAGCAAAGAAGAAGUCAUCAGUGGUCUACACGAAUACAGUGACGAAGAUACCUCUGACUCCGCGCAAGUUGUUCCGACUGGCCGCCCUCCUGGUUAUGGCAACGAGGACGUCACCAUCCCCCGCCGACAGCAUCUUGCCGGUUUCAAGGGCGGUCGGCUCAUAUUGCUCGAAGAUAAUGUGCCCAACUACCACGCGACUCAGAAGUUUAGAGGUUCUCAUCGCAGCAUGUACUUGAAGAUCGAAGGCACCUGGCGUGAGUGCUGGCCCAAGGACUUUGAAGGCAAGGAGGAGUACCUGGAGUGGCUCGCGGAGAACCCACCUGAGCUUACUGCUUCGAAGAAGAAGAGUCGCGCCAGGCCGCCGGGAUUGUGGAAGCCCAUCAUUGAGAGGAUUGAAGAAUGGUUCGGAAACUAUAACCAGCGUAUUAACAGGAUUUCUCGAAGCCACGCGGAAGACGACACUGGGCUGGACAUAUGGAAGAGAUACGAUGCAAAGCAGCCGGCGUGGCGCUAUUACUCCAAACUAUUCCCUGCUAAGCUCAAGGAUGCGCUCGACUACCAAGCUUACAAGACUCGCGAAGAGCCGAAGCUCAAGCCGGGCAAGAAGCUUCUUCCUUACAUGGCGUACUUCAAUCUCGUGCCGAGGAGCUGUACAAAGGAGAGACGGUGGAGAUUCGGGACUUCGUUGAGGAAACGAAGUGUCUACAGGAACUCCGCUUGGAGGAUCUUGCGUGCUAUGGAGGACGAUGGGGCUAUGGCGGAUGAUGAGGAUGGCGUUCUUGGAGAGCCUGGGGUGACGCGUUGUCUGACAGUACACGACGUUCUCGCGAGACGUAACAAUGUGACGCGCGCGUCGCGCCAAGGCCCGGUGGUUGAGACGGUCCCCGAGGCGGUUCGCAAGGCAGUGGUUGCUCGUAUCUUGCAGGAGAAGAUAGCUGAAAGGGAGUUGUAUGUUCCAUGUUUCAUCCGUGUAAUGCGCCUGCGCUCACAGUGCCUGCAGCGCGACUCGUGUUAUGCAAAACACCCUGACCCGAGGAGCAUCCCACGUCAGCAAGUCAUCUGGAUGGCCGUGCUUAAUGAUUUCUGGGGGUCUGAGACUAUCCCCGAACGGAGAGAUCUAAGUUGUGUCGUACAUGCCAGGUCAUAUCCGCUUCUACCACCCGUCUUGAUAUCAGCUGUUAGGGCGUAUGGUGGCCCCGAUACUGAUAUCAGCUUCGAGGACUGGGACCCUACCUUUUUUGAACAGCUUGAGGCUCGCUGGGGACAAUACUGCAAGGCAUACUUUAGUGUGUAUAAUGACGAUUCAACGACUUUCAAAACGCUUACGCAGUACCUAGAUUCGGAGCGCAUUGCCCGCUUCGGCCUGGGUCUCGUGCAUCAACUGCCUGGUUUGCAAGACAGCGAAGGAGACGGUGGCGUAGCCCCUGGAAAGACAGUGAUAAGCACCGCAUCAUCCCCAGAGCCGGCUGCGUCUACUUCUGCUGCCGCCCAAGGUGGAGGCACCUUGCUGGGUGCUCAUCGGAAUGUCGCUGCACUGCCUACUUCAUCUGCCUCAGGCAAUGCGCUUACUCAACAUCGUGCCUUUACGGGUCCUUCGGAGCACACCAACUCGCGGUCCGAAUUGGAAAUGAGAAAACGGAAAGCACCACACGUUGACAGCAGCUCCAAGAAGCCACACCUUUCGUCGAAGCGCCUAAGAGGCAAGAAGAAACGUGCCGAUCAGGAAUCUGACCGCGAUGCUAUGGACACCAGGAGUGGCCAGUCGUCCACCGACGAGCAUUCAAGCAAUCAAGGUAUGAUCGGGACGACUCAGGUCCGAUCGACGAAGCAGCGCAGGAUGCGUGGUACACAUGCCGCUGUUGCGACUUUACUGAAGUCGCCUUCGCCUGCUGGUUCAGAUUACACGACGUGCAACACUCACCUACCGGAGCGAGCGAAGCCCGGUGGGUCUGGGCCGACCAAAGCACAAAUGGACGCAGCUUGGCAAGUCAUGCAUGACUGGGCUACCAAUGAAGACUUCACUCUUCCAAUGUGCGAAAACGCCCUGGCUGCUGCCCUCGGAGAUCACUACCAGUACAGCGACUGGGCCUCGGUGUUUGAUGCUGUAUUCAUUGCUGAAGAGGAAGGGAGGGAUCCGCAUAGUGCUCUAGAUCUCGACUGCCACCAAAAGGAGGCCAACCACAAAUUGCUCGCGCGCGAUCAUGACAGAGCAUCUGGUGAUCUCAGAACGCGAUCUCUUGCCACUCUUAAAGACCCUGCAGCGUGGCAGAUCCUUCACGACGGCGUUGACAACGGCCUAUCGUUCGUCGCUCUCGGAUCCCAAUUGUCAAAGCACCUUGGCGAUAAUCGACUCAUGUCAGCUUGGGAUUACAUAUUCGACGCUCUGCUCGAGGAUGGACGCAGCAAGUCGACCGCGCACGAUACUCUGCUGGCUCUCGAAAUGGAUGUCCUGCAUCAGUCGGCUCUUGCCGAGUCCAAACGAAGUGGCGGGCGAUCAUUGGCCGACUUAUUCAUGGCGCCUCCACUUCAUGCCCAUUCCUCUUCUCAGGACAUUGAAAAGGCUGAACACUGCGCGUGGGACUUGGUUCAUCUGUGGGUCGAGGGCGGCUUCGACAUGCGACUCCUCGAGUAUGAACUGCGCUUAAUCCUUGGCGAUCACUUCAAUACUGAGGACUGGAUGCCCGCGCUUGACGGUGUGCACAACGUAGGCCGCGGUACGCUUCAGGUGCAUGUCGCAUUGGACGUGCUAGAGAUGGAUUCGUUCAAUCGGCCUCGCCUCGGGAAGAACCGUGCACCGACUGCACCGACACCGUUGAACGUGACCCAGGACCGCAAGGAGCCCAAGCGCAUUCAUUCACGCCCUCAACAUGUUUCUACGGAAUCCCGCUCUCACGACGGCCCUCGCUUGUCUGACACGCCUCGCUCUCCUGAGCCCGAGCCCGACGCACCUCGCUCUCCCGAGCCCGAGCCCGACGCGCCUUGCUCCCCCGAGCCCGAGCCCGAGCUCGAGCCCGACGCGCCUCGCUCGCUUGACGGCCCUCGCCCGCUGGACGCUCAGUGUUCGCCUGACACUCAUCGUCCGUCUAAAGCCCGUCGUUCGGCCGAUGGUCUUCGCCCGCUCGACGUGAAUGGCCCCCUGGACGCUCAGCAUUCGCCUGAUGUUCAUCGUUUGUCUCAAGCCCGUCGUUCGACUGAUGGUUCUUGCCUGGCCGGAGCGUCGAGCUCAGCGUGCAAGCCCGAUCCCUCUCGCGAUCCGCUUCCCGACAUGACCCCGGUCAAUUCCAUAGCUCCUAAGUCCAUCCUGGCCAUUCCUCAUCCUGCUGAGGCAGCAAAGUUCAACUACGAGGACGCGAGGUUCGAGGACAUUGUCGCCCAUAUUCGUACCAUGGUUGGUGACGACAUAGAACACGAUUACACCGUCAGGGGUCUUACUGCGCUGCGCAAGGUGACUGCGCACGAGCAGUGGCAGCUUCUUCUGCGCCGCUGGGUGAGCUUUGAGGACCAGUCGCAGUGGUUCACCACCAAGUUCAGGCCAACACAAGUUCCAUGGUGGACAAAACGCCACAAGGUCUUCAAAAUGAUUUCAAAGCUCGACGUCGAUACCUUUGGGGCCGCAAUGAGGAAGUGUACAGAAACGUCUGAGGACGCGUCUGAGGAUAUCUGGGCACCGACAUGCAAGGGCGGCGAGAACAGCAUAGCGAUCUUGAUCAUCGCUCUAUCCUGGUGGAUCACGGAGGCCAAGACUGCAGCGCAGCAGCGCGAGACCGUGUCGAUGGUUGAGGACUUGGUCUUCGUUCUGGGACAGCUCAUUGAAAGCGAGUAA